GCUUGCGUGCCCCCUGUAAACUACGUAGGCAAGAUGGCGCACAACUUUCUCGCAACCGUUGUGGUGUUUCCCCUCCUCCAUACCAUCGCUGCAGGUCUGCGAGUGACAGAGGUGGAGGUCCCCAGAUACUUGGUGGUGGGCCAGAGUGCCACCCUCCGCUGCCACGUCGCACUCGAGGGCGAGGUGCUCUACUCGCUCAAGUGGUGGAAAGACGGGAAGCAGUUCUACCAGUACAUACCACAGAACCAUCCUCCCGCUGUGGUGUUUACGGUCCCCGGGAUCACGAUAAACCCAGCGAAGUCAGGGUUGGAUGAAGUCGAGUUAAUGGAUGUCCAGAGUUCAUCCAGCGGGCAGUACAGAUGCGAAGUGGUGGCUGAAGCGCCCACGUUCACAACACACGUUCUCUCUGCCAACAUGACCAUCGUGGACACGCCAGAUUCCAACCCCCGCGUAACAGGGUUGGAGUCUACGUACAGGGAAGGAGAACCGGUAGCGCUCAAUUGUACUUCGCUCAGGUCUCGGCCCCCUGCGAAGCUGGCUUGGUCCAACAACAAUCACAAGAUUUCAAAAGAUCAUCUGGUUCAUUACCCAUCGACUGCCGAGGGGGAGCCUGCACUGUACACCUCGACGCUGGGCCUGAGUCUAACUGCCACGUCAAGCCUGUUUGCUGAAGGUGUUCUUAAUCUCAGAUGUACUGCAACUGUACACGUGUAUGAGUGGAGUACAGAUGUCUCCCUUCACUUGGACAAUGUUACGUACAGUCAGCCUCAUCACCUUCCGACGUUGCAGCAGACAGAUGGAGCCACUUCCGCCUUGUCCUCGUGCUUAUUAAUUACGUUCUCCUUGUUCAGUUUUUAUGUCCUUAGACUAAGUUAAUGUAAUGUCUAAGCUUGUGUAAACGACUUUUAUAUCCCAUUGUGCAACUCGACUCCUUUGAUAAAGAGUUUCCACUUACCUGUAACUAAGAAUUUAUUUGUAAUGAGACACUCUCCCCAUACUCGCUGUGAUCACUAUAUGAAAUAACUUAUAAAGAAGAAGAUGAAGAAGAUGACGAUAAAAACGAAAAAAAAAAACUAAAAAAAUAAAUGAAUAAGAUAUAGAGUUUAUUUUCCGAGGUGUGGAAUCGUGUCAGGUCGUGUCAUAGAUAGGUGGCGUCGCUUUUCUAUGACCUGCUCUGACCUUUUCUGUACGUAUAAAUACACGUACAUUUCCCGGUGUUUUCUGGAACCUUGACGACUUCAGACAC